AUGCAAUUAAACGGCGUUCCCAACAGAAAUCCAUUGCCACGAGCGGCCAGGGAUGUGGUGCGAGCGCUGAUUGAGCGCACUCAUGCCUUCGUACCCGAGGCCCGAUAUGCGAACACCAAAGAAGUGGUUGCCAUCAAAAAGAUGUCAUUCACUGGCAAACAGUCGGCUGAGAAAUGGCAGGAUAUCCUCAAAGAAGUCAAAUUUCUCAGGAAUUUAAGGCACAAAAACACUAUUGAAUACAAGGGCUGUUACCUGAAGGAGCACACGGCGUGGCUCGUCAUGGAGUACUGCUUGGGAUCCGCUUCCGAUAUAAUCGAAGUGCAUAAGAAGCCGUUACGAGAGGACGAGAUCUCUGCCAUAUGUAACGACGCCCUCAACGGCCUCGAGUACCUCCACUCCCAGGCGCGCAUCCAUCGCGACGUGAAAGCCGGCAAUAUAUUGCUCACCGAAAACGGAACCGUAAAGUUGGCCGACUUUGGCUCGGCGUCCAUGGGCUGUCCGGCCAACUCGUUCGUGGGCACACCCUAUUGGAUGGCGCCCGAAGUGAUACUGGCCAUGGAUGAGGGCCAGUACGACGGAAAGGUGGACGUGUGGUCGCUGGGCAUCACGUGCAUAGAGCUGGCGGAGCGGAAGCCCCCGUAUUUUAAUAUGAAUGCCAUGAGUGCCUUAUACCACAUCGCGCAGAACGACUCACCCAUUCUGAACCCAUCGGGCGAUUGGACCGAUUUGUUCCGCAACUUUGUCGAGACGUGUCUCCGCAAGAAUCCGUCGGAUCGGCCGAACUCUACCAAUAUUUUAAGACAUAGUUUCAUAACCCGUACGCGAUCUCCGACUGUGAUCAUCGAUCUGAUCAGUAGGACGAAGGCCGCGGUCCGAGAGUUAGACAAUUUGAACUAUAGGAAGAUGAAGAAGAUCCUGAUGGUUGACUCGCGAGACAACGACUUAAUACACUCACACGCGCACGACGUGGACAACGAUAUACCCGAAGACGAAUUGGUGGCCAAUAAUAGUAAAAGCAAUUCCGUCGCGAGUUCUCACAGUCGCCAAAGCGGUGGCAUUAGCGCCGGCAGUCAAAGUAGUAGCACAAGUAGUUUGCCCGCGAAUUCCGAGGGCGACUCUACUUACAAAUGUCCGGUUUCUUUGAGGAGAGAGAGCGCCUGCAGUGGCAAUCGUGUCAGUCCUUCGAACUCGUCCGCGAGUCUGAAUAGUACCGAAUUGGGUGCCAAUAACUUCGCGACUCUGCGCACCACUUCCAUCGUCACGCGACAACUCAAAGAGCACGCGAAGGAGAACCAAAUGCACGAACAGAUGUCCGGAUAUAAGCGUAUGCGACGACAUCACCAGAAGGCGAUCGUCCAGUUGGAGGCCAAGUGUCGCCAAGAGAUCGAAGAACACAAACAGAGAUUAGAUAAAGAAUACGAGACUUUAUUACAACAAUUUAGCAAAGAAUUAGAAAAAUUACAAAUAAAACAUCAGCAGGAGUUGGAAAGGAAGUUGAAGACAAACGUGGCGUACGAACGCAAACUCAGUAAAGCCAUUCUCCAGCAGCACGAGGAGGAGCUGAAGAGAUUUCAAUUGCAACAGAAACACGAAUACAAGUACGUGAAGGAGAGGUUAAAGCGCGAACUCAGCAACGAUUCCACGUCUUUGAAGAACCAGAAGGAGAGUCUGCAGAGGAGUCAGGCGUCGGCGCUCGAGAGGCUACAGCACGAGCACCAGGAGUACCACCGGCAGGAAGUGCGCAAAUUUAGGAGACGUAAACUUAUACAAUACCAUCAGCUGGAGCGGGAUCUGCUGCGCGAUGAGCUCAACAAACGCCAGAGUCAGUUAGAGAUGGCCCACUCCAUGCUCCUGAGGCACCACGAGAUCACGCAGGAGCUGGAGUACCGGCAACAGCGCGCUGUCCACCAGUUGAGGGACGAGCAGAUCCGCAAACAGCAUCAGACAGAGCUGGCCAACCAACAGGAGUACAAUCUUAAGCGCGAAAACGAGCUCAGGAAGAAACACGCGCUCGAAGUGAAACAACAGCCCAAAAGUCUUAAGCAAAAGGAGCUCCAGAUUCGCAAACAGUUUCGAGAGACGUGUAAAACACAGACACUUCAGUAUAAGGCGUGGAAAUCUCAAAUCCUGAGCUCUACUCCAAAGGAUGAACAAAAGAAUGUGAUUAAGAAGUUAAAGGAAGAACAGGUCCGCAAACUGGCUCUUCUGGGCGAGCAAUACGAACAAAGCAUUGCGGAAAUGCUUCAAAAACAAUCGAUACGUUUAGAUGAGGCCCAAGAGCUCGAAGAGCGUCAACUCAAAGAGCAAUUGCAACAAGAAUUAGAGCUUUUGAUUGCUUUCCAAAGUAAGAUUCGGAUGCAAUCCGAGGCCCAGAGAACUAAAGAGAGACGAGAGCUCGAGGAACGGGUGUCCGUCAGACAGUCAUUGCUCGAGAAGAAGAUGGAACUGGAGAAACAGCAGUUCCAGGACGAGAGGAAUGAGAGACAGCGUCUACUACUGGAACGUCAGGCGCACGAGACGGAGACGUUCGACAUGGAGAGCACUCGCCAGGGGUUCAACGCGUUGGCGAUCGCCGAGGCGUCCAUCGAGUGUAUGGGCGAAGACGAGGCUUCAGUGAGCGGUUCGCUGCUCUCAUUAGCUCAUAGUAAUAGUGCCACGUCUUUCACGCACACCGCCCUCUAGCCACCGCCCGUCCCCACACACACCCGCUCACCACCGCUAGGACCCCCACACCGGCCCACUACUACCUGUGCAUUCACUGUACAUAACAUUUUUGUUGCGAUAAUAAACGAGUGGUGUUUGUCUCCGCAGCGAUUGAUAACGAAUUGAAAAACAAACUCUAAAUGACAGCACAUGUCGUUCAGAAAAUGCUCAGCCAUUAAGUGUCAGCCGUUUUUUUGCUCUACUGUUACCGUUUGUUGAAUGAAUGAAUGGAUGGACUCCUGAUUUAGAAUUAUAUAUAAAUUAUUUAUAUUUUGAGAUCAACUCAAGAAUUACUACAAGUGUUUCCAAUUGAAAAGUUGGUCUUCCAAUUGACUGUAAUUAUGAGAAAAUACUAUUUGAAAAAUGAUUGAUUAGUGCAAUGAUUAGUGAUUUAUAAUUAAUAAUAAUUAUAUUAAUUAAUAAUAAUAAUAAUAAUAAUUUUGUUCCAAUUCUUGUCGUUUCCGAGACGUGAGACGACAGGACAGUCAUAUCGGUUUGUCUCUCACUCUAUUCAACACUACUUACAGUUUCGUAUUAAUUAUUAUUAUUAUUAUUAUUGAAUAUUCUGUCGAAACGCUCCUUUCGAUAGAAAUGCCAUCAAAAUGAGUGAAAAAAUCGCAUUUUUUAAAAUUAAUUAAUUAAUUGUAUAACUUAUGUAAAGUAAAUGCAUUCAAACAAAACAAUGUUUUACCUCUUUUUUAAUAUGCUGUCGAAUCGGUCGGUGUUUAGCAUUUGUAAGCGACAAAUGACAAACACUUUUAAACUAAUUGUUUUUGGUUCGGCACUAAGUCUGCUAUUAUUUUAAUUUAAAAAUUUUAGUUUAUUUGUAACAAAACGAA